CAUUUUCUCUGCCGCAUUUCUCUAGGGUUUUUCGUAAGCCCCGACUCUCUCUCACACACACUCUUACUCUCUCGCAGUCUCGAAGUCUCUUGCACAGAAUUUACUUUUUUUCCUUGGAUCAUGUUAAUUAAUUUCUGAAUUACUCGAAUAAUAGGCUAAAGCUCAGAGCUUUAGAAACAGGUUUUUCGUAUCUAUAUCGUUUUUAUUGAGAAAAGGGGAAAAUGGCUACGGUAAAUCCAUUUGAUCUUUUGGGUGAUGAUGACACCGGGGACGUGAGCCAAUUAAUUGCUGCUCAGCAGCAGAAGCCUCCGGUUUCGGCUCCAGCUUCACCCGCAACCAAGAAGGCUCCUGCUCUGGCCCAGCCGGCUAAGUCCGCCGCUAAACUUCCUUCCAAGCCUCUCCCUCCGGCUCAGGCUGUGAGGGAGGCCAGUAAUGGAGGUUCACGUGGAGGAGGUCGUGGUGCUGGGCGUGGUGGUGGUCGUGGACGUGGAUUUGUUCGUGAAUCUACUGAUGAAAAUACAUUUGGAAACAAUGAUGGAUAUUCUGGCAGGCAAAGAGUAUCUGAAGAAGGAGAUGAUGGCAAGCCCUCUGAAAGACGUUCAUAUGGUGGACCACGUGGAGGUGGUGGUUUCCGUGGAGGUCGCCGUGGUGGUUUUAGUAAUGGUGACACUGUGGAAGGUGAACGCCCUCGGAGGGCAUUUGAGCGACGCAGUGGGACUGGACGUGGGAAUGAAUUUAAACGCGAGGGUGCUGGUCGAGGAAAUUGGGGAACAACCACAGAUGAGAUUGCUCCAGAAACUGAAGAACCUGUUAAUGAAGGAGAAAAGAAUGUUGAUGCUGAGAAGCAAUUGGGACAAGAAGUUGUUGGAGAUGUCGACAAGGAUGCUUCUGCGCCUGGACAAGAAGCAAAGGAGGAGCCCGAGGAAAAGGAGAUGACGCUGGAGGAGUAUGAAAAAUUAUUAGAAGAGAAGAGAAAGGCCUUGCUGGAAAAUAAAUCUGAGGAAAGGAAGGUUGACUUGGACAAAGAGUUUGAAUCCAUGCAACUUCUGUCCAAUAAGAAGAAUGAUGAUGAAGUAUUUAUAAAAUUGGGUUCUGAUAAGGAUAAACGUAGAGAGGCAGCUGAGAAAGCCAAAAAGUCUGUGAGCAUAAAUGAGUUUUUGAAGUCAGCUGAAGGGGAGUACUACCGACCUGGCGGUCGUGGCAGGGGACGUGGUCGUGGCAGAGGUGGAUACGCUGGAAACAGUAUGAACAGUCUGCAAGCCCCAUCUAUUGAAGACGCUGGGCAUUUCCCUUCCUUAGGUGGGAAGUAAGGGAUCUCCAUGGCUCCGCCUUCCUCCCAAGCUCUUUGUUUUUUUGUGAUUUUCCAAUGUUCAGUUGCUCGGGGGUGACAGGAUACAUUGACAUGGACCUGUGAGUCAAGUAAAAUCACCAUGGAAGGCUUAGUCAUUUCAGAGUGUAUAUUUAGAUGUAUUCCAAGGGCUUAUACCCUUGGUUCUUCCUGACUAAAUGAAUAACUAGCUGCUAUAUUUAGAGCAUUAGGAGCCUUUUUUUCUUGAAUAAUUUCAUGGGAUCAGUUUUCAUUCUGGGUUUUGAUUAAAACAGUUUUGUUCCUUUUUACUUCAA